AACAUCCUAGAACCCAACCCCCCACCCCAGAGCACGACCUAGAACCCUGCCGUGCUGAUCCGUGCCCGGUUCCAGGCCUGGGCUGGUCCCUGUCCUUCACGCCGGCGCUGGCCGCCGUGUCCCUCUGGUUCCCGCGGCGCCGCGCUCUGGCCACCGGCCUGGCCGUGUCGGGCGCCGCCGUCUCGGGGCUGGCGCUGGCCCCGCUGCUGCCGCCCGCCCUGGACGCCUACGGCUGGCGCGGCGCCCUCCUCCUGCUGGCCGCCGUCUCCCUUCACCUGGUGGCCGCCGCCGCCCUUCUCCGCCCUCCCCGCCUCGCUCCCCGAGCCGCGGAACCUUCCGGAAACCCGGCGGGGCUGCUGCGCCACGGGCCCUUCCUGCGCUACGCCGCCGCCUGCGCCCUGCUGGACCUGGGCUACCACGUGCCCUUCGUGCACGGCGCCGGCCGCGCCCUGGAGCUGGGCUGCGACGCCGACCGCGCCGCCGCCCUGCUGGCCGCCAUGGCCGCGCUCGACGGCGCCGGCCGGCUGGGGGCCGGGUGGCUGGCGGAGCGGGCGGCCGCGGUGGCCCUGCCGCGGCAGAUGGCGGCCUGGGCGGCGCUGGCGGGGCUGGCGGCCAUGGCGACGCCGUCGGGGAGGAGUUUCGGGGCGCUGGCGGCGCUGGCGGCGGCCUACGGGGGCUGCGCCGGGGCGGUGGCGCCGCUGCAGUUCGCCGGCGUGGCGCAGGUGGUGGGGGCCGGGCGGGCGGGGGCGGCCAUCGGAGCCAUGCAGAUGGUGGAGAGCGUGGGGUCCCUGCUGGGGGCGCCGCUGGCUGGCUGGCUGCGGGACGUCACCGGCGACUUCACCGUGUCCUUCCUGGCGGCCGGCGCCUUCCUCCUGGCCUCCAGCCUCCUCAUCCUCACCGUGCCCCCCGCCCCCCCCGAGCCCCCCCCGAGCCCCCCCGAGCCGCUCUAGAACCGUUUUGUGACCCCAAAAUGCGCCCCCGUCUCUCGUCCUUUGGGGGAGGGGCGGUUCUAGGUGCACCAAUGGCAGGGUGGGGUCAAAAGGGUCCCCAAAAAUGG